AUGUCGACCUCUCUCCAAACAUCGAUUUCUGACCUCACAGGCAUUACCGUGCCGUCGAACAAUUCGUGCGAGUGGAUUUUCCACGGCGACACAAUUUCUAUGAACCAAUACUCUGGUGAUAUCGACGAAGACCUUGCUUCAGACUUGGUCGAUGGCUCCACCAGUUGCAACUUUGCGACAGCGAAGAGCGACCGACACAGCAAAUUUGUGAAUGCAUCGGCACGACCUUCUUCCUUUGACUAUCGUCUACCCGACAGCAUUUGUGUUGCUAGCUCGCAUGCACAUACGGAGGUCUUCAUGAGACCGCAUUAUACUGUCCCAUCCUCAGAAUCGACGUCACAGUACUCGAUCUUUAUCCCGACUCCAACUACCUCUGUUGAUUACAGUAGGGACAAUAACAUCCCCACAAGCCAGAAUGACUCGGUCGGGUUGCAGGACCAAUCUGCAUACUCUGUAUUCCCCACCUAUACCAGUGACUCGACGCCUCUCGACAAUUGGCUCGAAACCCCCGAACGUCACGAGCAGAUCGCCUUCAAUAUAUUAAACUCUACAACUCAUCCGGCCACACAAAAUAAAGGCAAGAAAUUGGCUGGAAAAUGUGUGCAAAAGUUUGAGUGA